AUGGACGGCCUACUCGAGAAUUUCUCAGCCUCCGCAAAGACGAACUUUACUGGAAACCCUCAUGCCAAUUUAUAUGCAGCACUGGCUGUAGCUGUUCCUAUCGUCUACGGAUGUAUAUGCAUUUUAGGAAUCUUGGGGAACCUUUUGGUAAUAUUUGUAACAGUGAGAUAUAAAUCAACUGGUUCAGUACCGAGCGUCUACGUCCUCAACUUGGCUGCUGCGGACUUACUCUUUAUGAUUGCUUUGGCGUUUUUAGCUUAUCAGCAUGCUUUUCAUGAGUGGACAAUCGGUCCAAUCGUCUGCAAAAUAGUUAUAGCAUUUGAUGGUCUCAACCAAUUCACAAGUGUAUACACCCUGACAUUAAUGAGUAUUGAUCGUUACCUGGCUAUCGCCCAUGGCCUUAGAUCAAUAACAUUCAGGACUGUUUAUAACGCACGUAUUAUAUGUUUCUUCAUUUGGGUAUUUUCUGCAUUAUGUGUCUUGCCAUUGUGGAUUUAUGGUAACAUUGUACCGGAAGCUAAUGGAACCCUGUUGUGCAACACCAAUUGGCCUUACGAACAUUUUGAAUCAGUGUAUGUCUUUUACUCGUUUGGACUGGGUUUCGCCCUGCCUCUUACCAUCAUCGUCGCUUCUUAUAUAUGUAUGCUACGUUAUCUUGUGAUUACUAAGCGACCAAGUUCGACGCAGUCAAGCAAGAAGGAAUCGAAGCGGGUCGCCAUAUUGGUUUUUGCCAUCGUAGCUGCCUUUGUCGUCUGCUGGUUGCCCUUUUACGUUGUUCAACUAAGACUAGCACUAUCUGAUACAGCCCAGAGUGCACCUUCGGCGGCUUUGGUGGUUGCCUUCAUUCUAAGUACUGGUCUCAGUUAUUCAAAUAGCUGCAUAAACCCGGUUAUUUACACCUUUAUUGGGCGCAAGUUUAGGGCUGGAUUUCUGCCAUUUGCUAACACUAUCUGUUGCCGUCGACGAAGAAGACGCGGGAGACGACGCGUGCGCAGAACGUUGAGCGGAAGUUCUGACACGACUUAUGGUUCAAAACGCUCUUCCAAUCAAAAGGUUUGGAGUUGGAGGGAUAAAUUCACGGCAAGUACGAUGUGUUGUUUAAAAGGCAAUGCACAAUUUAAUGAAUUCAUGUUGUUUGUACACGGAAAUGUCAUAUGUUAA